AUGUCGAACGAGUAUCUCGGCCUCUUCUGCGAGAAGGCGGCAACUCGUGCAAACGAGGCGCUAAAAGAGGCCCGGCAAGCGGCGGGAGAUGCAGUCUCGGAGAACCAGCUGAAGAUCACGCGGUUGGAGGCGCAGGUUGUAGAUCUCACGGAUGAUAACACGGAGAAAGAUAUACGCAUAGCAGAGUUGGAAUAUGAGCUGAUUGGUUUGCAAGAGAAGCACGAUCGCGUGGAGGACAGAUAUUUGACGUUGAAGAGGCAUAUGGCGGAUGAGGAGAGGAAUCAGAAGAUGGCCUUUAAAUACUAG